GUGAUAAAAAGUGUUUAGCAUCAGUGAUUGACAAGCAGAAUGUAAUCUAUUAACUUGGAGCAGACUUCGAUUCCUGCAACAGCAAAGCAGUUUGAUCAUCAUCAUCAUCAUCAUCAUGACCACCAUAGUCAUCUGGCAUCGGCCGGUAGGGAAAUAGCAGUUAAGUGAUGUAUUUUAGCUGAUGGAUCAACCCUUCUGCAUAAUAUUUCUCUACCGAGGUUUGUUAAUGCUUUCAAUUGCAUUUCUUUACAAUUCUGAUUGAUGCAUGCAUAUUAUAUAUCCGAACUUUCCCGCUUGUUCUGUCGGCAACAUCGGAUGCGAUUAUAAAAUGUUGAAAAGAUACACAACAUUACUUGAUACAAUAUUUUUGUGAAUACUAUUAAUAUUUUAUAAACAUAAUUAAUUUUCAUUGCAUAAAAAAUGAUUUUUUAUAAAAUUACUGAAAUCUAGAGAAAAUUGUAAUGUUGGUACUUGGAAUGGGCGUAAAAAAAAUAGUAAACAUUUCAACUGUCAAAUAAUUUUGCAAUAAUUCCAUUGUACAAAAUGGUUUUUUAUUUAAGACAAUUAUUUAAAGUGUAACAAUUAUUUUUGUAGUGAAAAAAGUUUUUAAUACUCAAGAAUUAAUUAUAGUUUUUUUUAUUUUGAUUUUUAUUUAUUUUCGUCUUGUAGGUUAUGUUACCUACAUGACAGAUAUUAUUUUAGACUGAAAGUGCUGGGGUUCGAGAUUAUAAUUUAAUUAAUUUAUAAAUAACAAAAAUGUCUGAGGACUACCAAGAAAAAAUAUUUUUAUUCCAAUUUCCCACUUGUACGACCAGUCAAAAUUACACAUUGGAAAUACCACUAAAGAUCCCAUACAAUGGAUCAAUCAAAGAGUUGACAUACCGAAUAAUGAGCGCAUUCAAAUUGCCUUGUUAUGUCGAGAAAGAUUUGUUAGAUUCUCUGGAGCAGACAGUAAAAAACUGGACUCAAAAUUACUAUGACGAGCGAGACGAGAAGUUGAUAAAAUCCGCCAGGAGCGGAGAAAUAGAUUUAGAAAAGAUAAUCAAAAACUGGGAAAAGGCUUACAGAGAAAAGACAGCGGAGUAUGCUCAACCCAUGGGGACUACUGACGAGGAAUUAUUCGCGGCAGCUUACCAUAAACUCGUACACUCGCCUUCCCUGGAACCGAUUUUACAAGCUGAACACAAGUAUGGUAAAGAUGUUACUGAUGUUAUUCACAUUAAAAACUCGGAGUAUGAUCAGUUGACACAAAAACAAACAGAAGAAAUGCGAGUAGCUGUUGAAAAAUUAGAACUAGGAUCGACUGAAAAAUCUAUUAAUGAAAUGGCUGCAAGACAUUUUGAAGAGCAAAGUUUAUUGCAAGGUCACUGGGGAUCUAGAAUAGACGCAUUGAAGUUGGAACAGAGGAGACAAUAUCGCAAUUGGAUCAUGAGAUUACUUGAAGAGCAGCAGACAAAUAUGCUGCCGACUCCAGUAGGAUCGCCAGUAGUUCCAAUGCCUUUUGUACCAGAAACAUUGGAAACCGUAGAAGCUAAGGAAAAAAUAAAAACAUCAGAUUAUCCUCAACUGGAAGAGAGUUUCACAAUCCACUUAGGGUCACAAAUGAAGCAGAUGCAUAACAUCAGAAUUUUAACCGGCGAUGUUUUAGAUUUCUGUCGCACUAAGAGUAAUUCUGCAAGUAUGGAACCAACUCCCCAAAGAUUGCAAACAGCAUUAGGACUGUACUCAAAUGAUUUGUGUGGAAUUGUCGUUCUAAGCGACAAUCAUCUAGGAAGUUACUCUGGCAUAACUAAAGAAUUAUCAACUAUAUGCCAGCUUACUACGGAGUUCCAUUUUCCAUCAAUGGAAGAGCAGUUGGAAAAAAUACGUGAUGAUGUCAAAGAAGCUGUCGCUUGGAGACAAGCUCAUCAUAAAGAUACCAACGAUUUACCAGUCAAAAAGUCAACUUUGAGUAAGUCAUUACAGACUGGUGAUGUUUUUAUUACAAGACAUUCCAAUUUAGCUCAGGUUCAUGUUGUAUUUCAUAUGGUUAUUAAUGAUUCACUUAGAUCAGGAGAUAUAAAUUCAAGACAUCCAGCAAUAUUGGGGUUAAGAAAUAUUUUAAAAACAGCUUGUUGUAAUGACGUUACAACGCUUACUAUUCCCGUCUUAUUAGUACACGAAAUGACAGAAGAUAUGACAGUAGCCUGGUGUACAAAGCGCGCGGAACUUGUUUACAAGUGUGUAAAAGGCUUUAUGAUCGAAAUGGCAUCAUGGGGAGGAGCUGAACUCAAAAAUUUACAGUUCCUUGUACCCAAAGGCAUGUCCGAAGAAGUUUUUGGGACUUUGGCAACGAUGUUACCCAGUAUUUUCCGUGUAUCUAAUCCGUUGGUAUUCAAAGUAUCCAACGCGCCAGUUACUCCGAAAAAAUAAUUUUAUUUUUACUGCUUUUUUAAAAAUGCUGGGUAGAUUUUUUUUAGUAAAAAAAUUUAAAGAAGUAUUAUCACGAAAUUAUUGAAAAUAUACAAGAAAAAUCUGUGAUUAUUUGCUCAUUUUUUAUUAUAAAUAUUAAUUGAAAUCAAUGAAGAGUUUAAUUAAAUUCAGUGCAAGAAGAUAAGAUUGCUGAGUGCAAUAAAUAAUUAUAAUGAGUGAUUGUCACUUCAUUUAUAAUUCAAUUUUCAAUUCAUCACAAAUUAUAUUUCUUAUUUUUUUUUUAUUUUAAUACUAUUACUCAUUAAUAAAUUUUAAAUUGUAAUUAAUGUAAUGUAAU